GUUGCAUAUGAUUGCUCUAUGGCGAAGAAGAGAAGAGCUGAAGAGCAGGCACUGGGAGUGCCAGUGAACAAGAGGAAAUCUCUGUUAAUGAAACCCAGGCACUACAGCCCAGAUGUGGACUGCAAGGAAAACCCAGACAACAGGAAUGAGGAUGAUAGCCUCCUAGAAAUGAAUGACCACGCCACCGCAGCUGGAAUCAUGGUAAAACCCAAGGAUGAGACUCUUCAUUUACCUGCACCAGAAAGUUCCCUCCUGAAGGAAGACCAGUACACAUGUUAUCCAGAGCUCAUGGUCAAAUCUCUGAUGCACUUAGGCAAAUUUGAAGAAAGUGCGUCUGUGCAGAACGCAGGUGAGACCUUAAAUGGCAGCGGCAUACAGUCUUUAAAAGCAGAGAGUGAUGAAGCAGAUGAGUGCUUUCUGGUUCCUUCCGACAAGGGAAGAGACAAAGUCCACCAUACCCAGCCACCUUUCUGCUCUUCUGGUGACAGCGAAAGUGACUCUGACAGUGCAGAGAAUGGGUGGGGCAGUGGCUCCAACUCAUCAGAAGACACUGACGCUCACAAAGGCCCCAGUCGCCAGCUGACAUACAAUAGAAAGGACCUGUUGGAUGUUCCUGAGAUAAAAGCUGAAGAUGACAAGUUUAUCCCUUGUGAGAACAGGUGUAAUUCUGACACAGAUGGGAGAGACCAUCAGAACACUCACAUGGAGCCCUUGGCUGUGAAAGCCCAGCCUUCCUUCCCAGAGGCUGAAGAGGGUGAGAGCCUGGCCUCAGUAACACAGGAGCCUGCUGAGGCGGAGGAAGCGAAGGGGAGCCUGAGCUUGCUGGAACAAGCUAUUGCUCUACAGGCUGGACGAGGCUCUGCCUUCCAGCACACGUACAAGGAGCUGGACCGAUUUCUCCUGGACCACCUGGCAAGGGAGCGGAGACAACCCAGGGUUACUGAUGCCAACGGAAGACAGAUCUUUAACAAUAAACACUCACCGAGGCCUGAGAGGAGGGAGGCCAAGUGCCCCAUCCCUGGCUGUGAUGGCACUGGACACGUGACGGGGCUCUAUCCCCACCACCGCAGCCUUUCCGGGUGCCCCCACAAAGUGCGAGUUCCUCUGGAAAUUCUUGCCAUGCAUGAGAAUGUGCUCAAGUGUCCCACCCCAGGAUGCACAGGAAGGGGACAUGUGAACAGCAACCGCAACACUCACAGAAGUCUUUCUGGUUGUCCAAUUGCUGCAGCUGAAAAGUUGGCAAUGACCCAGGACAAAAGUCAACUCGAUUCUUCCCAGGCGGGGCAGUGUCCUGAACAGGCGCACAGGGUGAAUUUGGUGAAGCAAAUUGAAUUUAAUUUCCGCUCACACAGCAUCACUUCUCCAAGAGCCUCUGCAUCCAAAGAACAAGAGAAGUUUGGGAAAGUGCCGUUUGAUUAUGCCAGUUUUGAUGCACAAGUGUUUGGUAAACGUCCUCUCCUACAAACAGGGCAAGGACAAAAAGCACCACCAUUUCCUGAAUCAAAGCAUUUUUCAAAUCCAAUGAAAUUUCCUAAUGGACUGCCUAGUGCUGGCGCCCACACACAGAGCACAGUCCGUGCCAGCUCUUAUGGCCAUGGUCAGUACAGUGAAGACACCCACAUAGCAGCAGCUGCUGCCAUCCUGAACCUUUCCACCCGCUGCAGGGAAGCCACAGACAUCCUCUCCAACAAACCACAAAGCCUGCGUGCCAAGGGAGCUGAGAUAGAAGUGGAUGAAAAUGGCACGUUGGACUUAAGCAUGAAAAAAAAUCGAAUCCUUGACAAGUCUAUACCCCCGACUUCCUCACACACUACAAUUACAACCCCAUCCUCAUCCCCAUUCAAAGCAAGCAGCCUUCUGGUCAAUGCUGCCUUCUGUCAGGCUCUCUGUGACCAAGAAGGCUGGAAUGUGCCCAUCAACUAUAGCAGAUCCCAUGGGAAGACAGAGGAGGAGAAAGAGAAAGACCCCGUGAACUCCCUAGAAAACUUAGAGGAAAAAAAGUUUGCUGGAGAGGCUUCUAUUCCAAGCCCAAAGGCCAAGCUGCAUACAAGAGAUCUCAAGAAAGAGUUAAUCACCUGCCCAACACCAGGAUGUGAUGGAAGUGGCCAUGUCACAGGCAACUAUGCAUCUCACCGCAGUGUCUCUGGAUGUCCUCUAGCAGACAAGACUCUGAAGUCCCUCAUGGCUGCCAACUCUCAAGAGCUUAAGUGUCCAACCCCAGGUUGUGAUGGUUCUGGUCAUGUGACUGGAAACUAUGCCUCCCACAGAAGCUUGUCUGGUUGUCCUCGUGCAAGGAAAGGGGGCAUCAAAAUGACCCCAACAAAGGACGAAAAAGAAGACUCUGAACUUAGAUGUCCUGUAAUAGGGUGUGAUGGCCAAGGUCACAUAUCAGGUAAAUACACAUCACACCGCACAGCUUCUGGCUGUCCUCUGGCUGCCAAAAGACAGAAGGAGAAUCCCCUCAAUGGGGCCCCUCUCUCCUGGAAACUGAACAAGCAAGAACUUCCCCACUGUCCUCUGCCAGGAUGCAAUGGUCUGGGGCAUGUAAACAACGUUUUUGUCACCCACAGAAGCUUAUCCGGAUGCCCUCUUAAUGCACAAGCUAUCAAAAAAGUCAAGGUCUCUGAGGAACUAAUGACCAUCAAGCUCAAAACAACUGGGGGUAUUGAUGGUGAAGAAGAAAUUAGGCAUCUGGAUGAAGAAAUAAAGGAACUGAAUGAAUCUAACCUUAAAAUUGAAGCAGAUAUGAUGAAACUUCAGACCCAGAUAACAUCUAUGGAGAGCAACUUGAAGACCAUAGAGGAGGAGAAUAAACUUAUAGAGCAGAGCAACGAGAGUCUGCUGAAGGAGCUGGCCGGGCUCAGCCAGGCUCUCAUCUCCAGUCUCGCUGACAUCCAGCUUCCACAGAUGGGGCCUAUCAACGAGCAGAAUUUUGAAGCAUAUGUAAAUACCCUCACAGACAUGUACAGCAAUCUGGAACGGGACUAUUCCCCAGAAUGCAAAGCUCUACUGGAAAGCAUCAAGCAGGCGGUGAAGGGCAUCCAUGUGUAG